AAACACACCGCCAUUCGUUGUGGAAAGCAUGACAGAUAUACCGGCAUUGCUUUCUUAUGUUUUCCAUUUCCAUAGAGAGAGAAUUCAAACUUGUGCUUCAAGAAAAUUGAUUUGCUCAUCUCUCAUAUUUAUAUAUAUUAUCUGUAAGCCUCUUUUAUUGAUUUAAAUUGAAUCAAUUGUCAGUUAUUUGUUUGUAUCAAUUCUCUGUUAUGACUGCUGUAAUGGAAUUCUGAUCCCAAGUUGUCUUUUUUCGUUUCAUAGACCAAUAGAAACAAGAUGGUCAGAGCAUAUUCACAAGAGCAUAUUUACAGGCACCCAUGGGAACGAGUUACUUCUGCAUCCUGGCGCAAGUUCGCUGAUCCUGUGAACAAACGCGUCCUAUCUCACAUCCUUGAGGUUGAUACAUUAGAUCACAAGCUUGAUGCCAACUUAGGCAAGCUUUAUACAACUCGUGCCAUCACUAUACAUGCACCUGGGCCAUGGUUUGUUCGCAAAAUCAUUGGUCAAGAUAUAUGCCACUGUAUUGAAUCAACAGUUGUUGAUGCACAGAGUCGGUCGAUGCAACUUUCUACUCGUAACAUCAGUCUCCAAAAUUUUAUUGAGGUAGAGGAGAAAAUUAGAUAUGAUCCACAUCCUGAUAAUCCAAAUUCAUGGACAGUCUGCAAGCAGGAAACUAGUAUUAAGAUUAAGCCUUUGUCUGCACUGGCUUCUAUGGCAGAGAAAAUAGAGCAGAAAUGUGUAGAGAAGUUCCAGUCGAACAGCGCAAAGGGUAGAGAGGUUAUGGAGCGGAUGUGUAAGUACCUUGAAGCUGAAGCCCGUGGCACGACUAAGUUCUGACUAGCUUUACGGUUUCUUUAGUGAGUAGCAUUUCAUUUUUUUUAAUCUCUUUAAGACGAGAGGCGAGUUUUCAUGUAACAUUUGCUAGCCAAUUAGUGAGCAAGUUCUUGUGGGGAACACAGGAUGUUGAGGAUAAAAUCCUCUUGUACCUUUUUGUAAACAGCAUUAGAUGUUAAAUCCCCAGGCUCAAUAUGUCUGAGUUUGUAAUAAUAAGACCUGAAUUUUCAAUUUCAGUUUUGAAAUUUGAAAUUGAUUCCAGAGCAGCUAAA